CACGUGACUUCUGCUCCUUCCCGCAGCCACGCCCACUUCUUCUUCCGGGUUCCUGCAGGUCGAGGCCGGACCCGCCCCGCCUCCCUCACUCCGCUGCGGACCGUCACCGGGACGAGAGUUACGUUUUGGACCAUGUCGAAGAAGCCAGGAAACCGUGGGCCGGAGGGCGAGGGGCCGAUGGAGGCGUCGAUCAUCCGGAUCCCACCUCAUCACUACAUCCACGUGCUGGACCAGAACACCAACAUCGCCCGCGUGGAGAUCGGACCGCUCACCUACAUCCGCCAGGACAACGAGAGAGUUCUCUUUGCACCGGUUCGUAUGAUCAUCGUGCCGCCGCGUCACUACUGCGUGGUCGCCAACCCCGUCUCCCGCGACGACAACGGUCAGGUCCUCUUCGACCAGUCGGGUCAGGCCAAGCUCCGCCACGCAGACCUGGAGAUCCGCCUGAGCCAGGACCCGUUCCCCCUGUACCCCGGAGAGGACGUCCAGCAGGACGUGACGGCGCUGCAGAUCGUGUAUCCGGACACGGCGCUGCGUCUGCAGGCGCUGCUCGACUUCCAGGAGACGGGAGGCGAGAAGAGAGUCGCCGGAGACGAGUGGCUGUUCGAAGGACCGGGUACCUACAUCCCCAGGAAGGAGGUCGCCGUCCUGGAGACCAUCAAGGCGACGGUGAUCCGAGAGAACCAGGCGAUCAGACUGAGAGCUCGCAAGGAAGGAGUGGACAGAGGAGGAGUCCAGAGAGUCACAGGCGAGGAGUGGCUGGUCAGUAAAGUGGGCGCGUACCUUCCAGGGGCCCAUGAAGAGGUCAUUGACAUCGUGAAUGCCUUCAUCCUGACGGACAAGAAAGCGCUCCACGUCCGCGCCCUGCGACCUUUCAAGGACACAGGCGGCCGCGACCGGCGCACGGGCGAGGAGUGGCUGGUCACCAUGGCCGACCGGGAGGCUCACAUCCCCUCGGUGGCGGAGGAGGUGGUGGGCGUGGUGGACGUGACCACGCUGAGCAGCAGGCAGUACUGCGUGAUCCUGGACCCGGUCGGACCCGACGGGAAACCUCAGCUGGGCCAGAAGAGGGUGGUGAAGGGCGAGCGCUCCUUUUUCCUGCAGCCGGGGGAGCUCCUUGAACACGGCAUCCAGGACGUGUACGUGCUGUCGGAGGAGGAAGGUCUGGUGCUGAGAGCGGUGGAGGCGUUCAACGACACCGAGGAGCUCGACGAGGAGGAGGAGGAGGCCGAGGAGCAGCCGGUGCAGGAGAGGGCCAAGAGAUCCCGCAGGAGCGGCGUCCUCCGUCGGCCCGGAGACCGCUGGAUGCUGCGCGGCCCCAUCGAGUACGUCCCGCCCACCUCUGUGGAGGUGAUGCUGACACGUCACGCCAUCCCGCUGGACGAGAACGAGGGAAUCUACGUCCGCGACAUCAAAACGGGAAAGGUGCGUGCGGUGAUCGGUCACACCUACAUGCUGACUCACGAUGAGGAGCUGUGGCCGAAGGACCUUCCCGCUAAAGUGGAGACCCUGCUGGCCUCUCCCCACGACCCGCUGGCCGACCGCUCGGACCGGACCAUGACCGGCAGCAGCCAGCCCAGGGACAAGACCCGGGUCGUCUCCUACAGGGUCCCCCACAACGCCGCCGUCCAGGUGUACGACUACAGGGAGAAGAAGGCCAGGGUGGUGUUCGGUCCGGAGAUGGUGAUGCUGGGACCCGACGAGCAGUUCACCGUGCUGUCGCUGUCAGGAGACAAGCCCAAGAGAGCCAACGUCAUCAAGGCCAUCUGCCUCCUGCUGGGACCCGACUUCUGCACCGACAUCAUCACCAUCGAGACGGCCGACCACGCCCGGCUGCAGCUGCAGCUGUCCUACAACUGGCACUUUGAACUAAAAUCUCCUGCGGACGCUGCCGAUGCCACCGCUCUGUUCUCCGUCCCGGACUUCGUGGGAGACGCCUGUAAAGCCAUCGCCUCGCGGGUCAGAGGCGCCGUCGCCUCCGUGCAGUUUGACGACUUCCACAAGAACUCAAACCGGAUCAUCUGCUCAUCCGUGUUCGGCUUCGACGAGAAGCUGGCGGUCCGUUCCUGCCUUCGCUUCCCCCAGAACAACCUGGUGAUCAGCAGCGUGGACAUCCAGUCCGUGGAGCCGGUCGACCAGAGGACGCGAGACGCCCUGCAGAAGAGCGUCCAGCUCGCCAUCGAGAUCACCACCAACUCCCAGGAGGCGGCCGCACGCCACGAGGCGGAGCGUCUGGAGCAGGAGGCUCGGGGGAAACUGGAGCGCCAGAGGAUCACCGACCAGGCCGAGGCCGAGAGGACCAGGAAGGAGCUGCUGGAGCUGGAGGCUCUGAGUGCUGCGGUGGAGAGCACAGGAGCAGCGAAGGCCGAGGCUCAGUCCCGGGCCGAGGCGGCUCGUAUCCAGGGGGAGGCGGCCGUCAACGAGGCCAAGCUGAAGGCCGAGGCUCAGCGGAUCGAGGCGGAGGGGGAGCUGCAGCGGCUGGCGAAGGCCCGUGAGCAGGAGCUGAGCUACAAGAAGGAGAUGGAUCAUCUGGAGGUGGAGAAGCAGGAGCGUCUGGCUCAGAUCGAGAGUCAGCGGUUCAGGGAGCUGGUGCAGAGUCUGGGCAGCGACACGCUGAAGGAGAUGGCCCGAGCCGGACCCGAGCUGCAGGUCAAGAUGCUUCAGGCUCUGGGGCUGAAGUCCACCCUCAUCACGGACGGGUCGUCGCCCAUCAACCUCUUCACCACUGCGAACGGCCUGCUGGGGGCGCUGCCGGGGCAGGGACAGUGAGGGAGGGAGGAAAUGUCCAGAAGUAAACCUCCACAGAUUCUCUUCGUACUGUGAUCGGACUCACAGACGCGCUGGUGUUUCUCAGGUUUACUUUAGGACAGAAGUUCCGGCGAUGAAGAAAGAAUCUGCUCUACAUUCUACGUUUAGUUGCCAUGUCUGACGGCCAAAGAAUAUUCUGUUUCUGCUUCACUCUACGUCCACGAGGAAUAAAAAAAUAUAUAUACUCGCAUGCAAUGCUAAUGUUUACAUAAUCCACAAUAAACAUCUGUCUCUGUGGGGAUGAAAUGAAGAUCGAUAACCAACGUUUGCCUUAAAGAAGUUUCUGUUUCUCCACAAAGAAACGAUGUGACGACAUUAAAGUUCUGCUGCUUUACACAAA